AUGAUGAGCAGCAGGCUAAGCGGCGGCACGAUGGCACCGGUUAGCGACAUGGCCGACUUCGGUUGCGCUCCCAUGCAGUCCUACCCCAACUUUGAGCCGGCCGGCAUGGUCAUGCCCGGGGACCGGCAGCCGCCCUUCCAGCACCACCACCUCUACGACAGCCUCGACUUCAACGCCGCUGCAUUCUCGUUCCAAGACCCGGUCGCGCUCUUCUCCAGCGGCUCGGCGUUCAGUAACCAGCUCCAGCAGCCGUUCCUCCAGACGCAGGUCACCACGCCGACGAUGGCGUCGUCGUCGCUGCUGCAGGCGCCGAUGAUGACCCUUCCGGGUAUGCUGACGUCUUCCUCGGCGUCGCCGGUGGACGCAUGCACCUUCGGUGGCGGCGGCAGUGCUGGGUUCCUGAAGCAGGAGGAGGGCGGCCCCUUCUCAGACGUCGGCGGUGGGGGGAGGAUCGGGCUGAACCUCGGCCGCAGGACAUACUUUUCCCCGGCGGACGUGCUGGCCGUGGACCGCCUGCUGAUGCGCUCCCGCUUCGGCGGAGCCGGCGCAAUGGGCAUGCUGGGGCUGGGGCUCGGCGCCGCCGCCCACCACCACCAGACCCCGCGGUGCCAGGCUGAGGGCUGCAAGGCCGACCUCUCCGCCGCCAAGCACUACCACCGCCGCCACAAGGUCUGCGAGUACCACGCCAAGGCCACCACAGUCGCCGCCUCUGGCAAGCAGCAGCGCUUCUGCCAACAAUGCAGCCGGUUUCAUGUGCUCGCUGAGUUUGACGAGGCCAAGAGGAGCUGCCGGAAGCGGCUCACGGAGCACAACCGGCGCCGCCGAAAGCCUGCCGGCGCGCAGGGCAAGGAUUCGCCGCCGCCUUCCAAGAAGGCAGACGCUAGCAUCACCAGCUCAUACACCGGCGAUCACAAGACCAACAAGUCGACGACGGGGGCGGCCUUCUCGCCGAGCGCCGGUGGCUUCAGCUGCCUUCAGCAGCAGCAGCAGCAGCAUGAGAUCGACAACGGCGGCCAGUCGAGCAACGCCACGCCGACUAACCUGUCCCUGGCGGCGCCACCGCCACCGCCGCCGCCUCAAGACGACGCCGGCUUCGGCGCCGGCCUUGACACCAUGCUGCUGAUUCAGCAGCAAGGGCCCGAUGAACAGGAGGAGGAGGAGGAGCAGCAUUUCAUGAUGACCUCUCUCGUGCAGUCGCAUCGCCAGCAGCAGCAGCACGGCGACAGCGGCAACAUCUUAUCGUGCUCGACGACGUCGCCGUCGGAUCAGCGUCGCCAUCAGAACGACGGCGACAGCUGCUGCAACGGCAACAGCAUGCAGCAUUUCUUUGAGGUGGAGUUCAUGUAG